AUGUACGUCGCGCCACCGCUAACGAGCAAUUUCGAAGCCGCCUGUCUCGAGAAGAUGCCGCUUGUGGACCGAAUCGCCAACGCGUACCAGUCCAUUCGCGUAACGCCCGAUAUGCCCAUUUGCUCUUGGAACCGCAGCGGUCGAAGUUGCAAGCACAUCACCGUGUGGACACAUGGCUUCCUUUACACUAUGAGCAGGGAGUCGCUGGAAUAUUUGAUUGAGAACCCCGAUGUGGCGGAGCAAGUUUGUGAUAAUGCCAAGGCGUUCCUCCUUCUGUGUUCUGCCCAUGACAUGAGAAAGAAAUACUUCAGAGACACUUCAGUCUGGGUGGCUCCCCGAUCAUACACCUCUACGGCUGGUCCCACCUCUCAGCUGCUACUCGCCGAGCUCCUCUACAUUUCCACGGCUUUCUUCGGCUCUUCCAUCACCGACCGGAUCAUGGCCCUGUUUAGAGAGAAGCACAAGGCGUCUCACGGGAACGGAAAUUAUAUUCACCUCAACCCAUACCUGAGCGACCUCUUCAUCGCUGGGUUCUUGGGGCUGCGCCCGCUCGCCUUGACAAGGGCCUCGGAAGAAAAGACAAAUCGUCCGUACCACGUUCACUUUUCCGUCCACUGGAUGCCGCAGAACGGCAAGGGCCCCAACGAAUACAUGGAAGACCCUAGUCAUGAACUCGCGUGGAUGCUAUACCCGACCAUGGAUUACCAAAAAAACGGCGACAUGAUUUGCGAGAUGGAUGCCGUCACGAAACAGCCCAUUCUCGAUGGCCACGAGUGCGCCGCGAAGCAUUCCAGCUACUAA